UAGCAGGCAUGCUCGGCUAGAGGAAAUCACAACCACCGCGUUCAUAAGGAUCAUAAUUUAAACUCUUUAUGGAGGACCUUAAAAGAUCAUUAAAGAUGCCUCUCUUUGGAAACAUCUUCAGUCCGAAGAAGACCCCUCCUCGCAAAUCUGCAAGUCUAUCCAGCCUUCACACUUUGGAUUGUUCAACAAGAGAAAUAGAGCUUGGCCUUGAGUAUGGACCUCCAUCAAUGAACAUUGGAGCUCAGAGUUGGAAAUUUGAAGAUGGACAGUGGAUAACAGAAUCUGGUGGAAACACAUCUAGUAGGGAAGUGCAACGUCUUAAGAAAAGAAAUGUGCAACUAGAGGAAGAAAACAACCUCCUAAAACUGAAGAUCGAACUUCUCCUGGACAUGUUGACUGAAAGUACUGUAGAGUACCACCUGAUGGAGAAAGAAGUGGAAGAUAUAAAGAAUCAACACAGAAGAAAAAAAUGACAAAUCUAGUAUGAUGAGUGUUUUUAAGUGGAAUUGUGUGUUUUUGUUUCAUCUGAUUGUUGGAAGGCUAUUUUUUUUUUACUUUAUAAAAUGUCUUCUUGUCUUACAUGGGAAAUAAAUUCCUCUUGCUUUAUUCUCACAUUAAGGACUCUUGUGUCACAGGUUGCAGCCUUUAAAAAUGUGUUACAAGUAAAUUAAUAUGUUUGUGCCUUCCUCAAUUUGUUUGAUUGUUUUGCAGUUAGUCUUUAUCAACUUAGAUGAUUCAAAAACAAAAAAAAUCACACAUACACGAAGAAAGGAGCGCUGAAAGUUCACGACUGCUUCAAACCGGAAACCAGAAAUGCGUUGCUACCAAGCAAACCAAUCACAGCCCUCUCCGUCUGCGUUUGGUCUGCGUCGCCUCGACGGGUAGUUACAAUUUACAAUACAAUUUACAAUACAUACCGGUACUAUUAUACACCCGGCACAUCUGUAUUAUAUGUACAAAGUACGAUUGUGUUUUUUAUUAUGUUUGUUUCUGUGCAUUAAAAAUAAGAUUGA